GCUCCAAACAAAGCAUUCCUGUGUACACAGAGGAGAGAGAGAAGGAAGGAGAGAGAAAGAGGAAAGUAGAAAGAGAGAGGGAGAUCAGGAAAACAUUCAGCGCUCCUUUGUUUGGCAAAAAGAAAAAGUUUUGAUUCAGUUUUUGGAUUCGACUCACUGAGGCAGGGCAGUACAGUAAGUUGUCGUGUUGCCAUGGAGAUGGAAUACAUCCUACUGGAGAGAUGACAUCUGCCACACCUCCUUCCUCUCGUAGCUCCUCGCCUCAGAAAGUUUGCCACUCUCAGACACAAACAGACGUUUUGAAACCCUUAUUGGGUGGUGGCAUUUCUGGUGGGGGUGGAACACUGAGGAAGAGGAGACGCGUCCUGUCCAAAGAUGGACGUAGCAACGUGCGCAUCGAGCAUGUCAGCGGGCGGAGUGCUCUGUACAUGCGUGACCUCUGGACAACAUUUCUGGACAUGCAGUGGCGCUACAAGUUCUUCCUUUUCAUCGCCACGUUUGCGGGGACCUGGUUCCUGUUUGGGGUGCUGUGGUACCUUGUGGCAUUGGUGCAUGGAGAUCUGCUAGAGUUUGACCCUCCAUCCAAUCACACACCCUGUGUGAUGCAGAUGCAGACCCUGACAGGGGCCUUCCUCUUCUCCCUGGAGUCCCAGACGACCAUUGGCUAUGGUUUCCGCUGCAUCACUGAGGAAUGUCCAGCUGCCAUCAUCCUCCUCAUCAUCCAGCUGGUUCUCACCAUGCUGAUGGAGAUCUUCAUCACUGGUACCUUCCUGGCCAAGGUUGCUCGGCCAAAGAAGCGAGGAGAGACUGUGAAGUUUAGCCAGCAUGCUGUGGUGUCGACCCACGAAGGCCGACCCUGCCUGAUGAUCAGGGUAGCCAACAUGCGCAAGAGUCUCCUGUUGGGGUGUCAGGUGACUGGAAAACUGCUUCAGACGUCUCUGACCAAGGAAGGUGAGACAGUUCGUCUGGACCAGAGGAACGUCCCCUUUCAAGUGGAUACAUCCAGCGACAGCCCCUUCCUCAUUCUGCCCCUCACCUUCUACCACGUCAUUGAUGACAGCAGCCCCCUGCGAGCCUGGGCAGCCAAGGGUGGUGGCUGGACAGAUCCAGAGCUGGCUGACUUUGAGCUGCUGGUGAUCAUGAGCGCUACAGUGGAGCCGACCUCCGCCACCUGCCAGGUUCGUACCUCCUACUUGCCAGAUGAGAUCCUCUGGGGCUAUGAGUUCCCCCCUGUGGUCUCCCUCUCCACGUCAGGUAAAUACGUAGCGGACUUCGCCUUCUUCGACAAAGUGGCCAAGACCAAGACCACGCCCAUCUUCAAACCAGCCAGCCCCCAGCAUGGAUACCAGAGCAAUGGGGGCGGGACUUUGCCCGAGGUGUCUGAUCCAGAGAAGAUUCGUCUGGAGCAGAGCUAUAGGGAGAGAGGGGAGGACCGUGGGCGUGUCAGGGACACUCCCCUCAGUGUUCGCAUCAGCAAUGUGUAAAAAGCUGGACUGAAUGAGAAGAGCGCAUUUCAUAGAGAGCAACAUGCAGGAGACGUCCAAGUUCAACAUCAAUAGCAAAUCAAUGCAACAUUAUGUCAAAACAGCUUGGCUGACAGUCUUUUUAGACUGUUUUGAACUUAUAUCAGAGAGAUUUUAGGGUCCCAGUAGCACCAAUUGAUACAGAAAGCAAAUAUAAGACUAUGGACUAUGGUCAACUUCAAGUUUGUCAUUGUUUGCUAGGAUAAUACAUGUUUUAAACUGGUUGAUUGUAUUCACAUGUUGGCAUAACACACUGCAUUUGAGUGUGGGGGUCUUACAUUCACCUCACAUAUACUGUAUACACUUUUGUAACAAAAAAAAAACAACAGGUUGGAUUAUUUAUUUGCAAAGAAAAAAAAACAAAAAUAUGAAACAGAACAAGCUGUGCAGGAGAGGAGACAAAUCCCUCUGGGCUUGUUUGGGCCCUUAGUGCUAAAUGUUAAAUCAAAAAAAGAAAGUAUGAGUCAAUAUGUGGGUGUAUUUUUCAGUGUAAAAAGGCUAGAUGGGUAUAGAGAAGUGUGGUAAAGAUGGUACGAUAAUGUGGGCAGGAAACAUCCACAGAUACUUCAGUAUAAAAUGAUAGAAGCUUCAUUAUUCUAACAUACAUGUAUAUAUGUUGUUUAAACACACAGAAACACGCACAUGUUUAGAAAAAUCAUGUGACUUGGAGUUUUCAGUUAAGUUUUUUGGAUUGUAUUACAGUUAAAAAAACAGGCAUGAGUGAGUCACUUAAUCUAUAACUCAAAAAAUCCCCACACCCCCCGCUUCCUCCCAUCAACACUUUCAUGAUAUUUUUAUAUUUCCUGUUGAACACUGGCAUUGCAAUGUUAUAUGUAAGAUCAAGCACUUUGGAGAUUCUGUUUGACUAAUGUAGCACUACAAAACUGAAUGUAGACACACUUAAGUUGGAAUAUCCUGUGCUCACGGUGCUCUCUAUAUUGUAUCUCUUGAUUUUGCUGUUUUUUUAAACAGAAAGGUAGCACUUUAUGUAAGUACAUUUGCACCUUAGGAAGGUUACUUGCUUACCUUAGAAAGAAAAGUUUUUAACAUUACUAAAAGCACUUACACUUCCAAUAAACCUUAAAAUAGAUGCCUUCGUCCUACAGAACUAACUGGAAUUGAAGUUUCAGUGUCUCGGUGGCUUUAAGCAAACUUCCUGAUUUUAGUGAUAUAAUGUUUUGAGACAACCACAAACAGCUUUUGUACAUGUAUGGAUGUAAAUGCCUACCUGGUUAUUUUAAGUUUCACAUGUUAAACACUGAGGUGUGAGAUGAGUUGAGGUGGGAGACAUCUGUACUUUCACAUGAUUUUUAAGUUACUAACAUUGUCAAAUUAACACUGGACAUUUUAUCGAAGCCCCUUUUAAUUUUUGGUCUAGACGACAAGGACAUGAAGAGUAAAUCGUCUACAGUGGAAAAUGAGUUGUAAGAUGACCACACCAGAAGUGGGUGUUGAAAGGUGUGAAUAUGAAAUGAAAGUGAUGUUAUGAGUCAUUGAUAAUUAUUUUGUUCUGAUGGAAAUGUGUGAUGAUGAUGGUUAGACAUGACAGACGAAGUACGACGGAUAUGAAUAUGUUGUAAACUGUAUGGAACAUGUGUUUUUAACCGUUCUCUAAUUAACAUUAAGCUCUGGGGUGUUAACACUGUCUAAAGUGCAGAUAGAGAGAUCUGUUGAAAACAUGUUUUCAAAUGAGACCGU